UUCGCAAGGAGAGAGUGCCAACACCACCCAAUCACUAUGCAUUCGUCAACCAUGUUGCUUUUCCACCUUCACUCAGAGAGAGAGAGAGAGAGAGAGAGAGAGAGAUGACCUUUUUGUGCUGCAAAUGCUGCUUUAGCUCUUUAGCCUACUGAAACAUUCUCUGUCUUCCCUUCCCUGCGCUCAUUCAGAUUCGUCCUCCAACCCAUUUCACCCCUUCUUCUUCUUCUUCUUCUUCUUCUUCUUCUUGGAGAGAUGCAGACACGCGAACAAUCCGUUCGAGAGCACCACGCGCGCAGCAGACACAGACACGGAGCCGAUCACCACCCUUCCUUCUCUUCCACUCUUCUCGACUCCAUCUAUCGCUCCAUCGACGACCCGCAUCCCCGCGCAUGUUCGUCCCAUCCCUCCGCGCUCUUCCGCGACCUCCGCGCCCCCGCAAAGAAACACCCUGCCGCUGAAGCAGAAGAAGCAGAAGAAGAAGAAGAAGAAGAAGAAGAAGAAGAAGAAGAAGAAGAAGAAGAAGAAGUAGUGAGGGAUGCUGUUUUAGUCACAGACGGAGAUAGUGAAAUGGGUCAGAUGAUUAUUCUUUCGCUAAUCAUUAAAAGAACUCGAGUCAAAGCAUUGGUCAAAGACAAGCGGAUGGCCAAUGAGGCCUUUGGAGACUAUGUUGAGUCAGUGGCUGGAGACGUGAAUAGCAAGCAAUUCCUCAAUAGAGCUCUCAGAGGAGUUCGGGCCAUCAUAUGUCCAACUGAAGGUUUCUUAUAUAAUGUUGGGAGCUUGAAGGGAGUCAAACAUGUAAUACUCUUAUCUCAGCUGUCCGUUUAUGAAGGUUCGAGCGGCAUUCAAGCUGUGAUGAGAGGCUCUCCAAAAAAAUUGGCUGAGCAAGAUGAAUCAAAGCUGAGGGCUUCAGGACUGCCUUACACUCUUAUCAGGGCUGGCGCGUUGCAAGACACUCCGGGUGGAGAACGAGGCUUUUGUUUUGAUGAGGGUUGUUCGGCAAAGGGAAGUCUCAGCAAGGAAGAUGCUGCCAUGAUUUGUGUGGAAGCGCUCAGCGCAGUCCCUCAAGGAGGGUUUGCAUUCGAGGUUGUUAAUGGAGAAGAGAAGGUAUCAGAUUGGAAGCAGUGCUUGGUCAAAUUGAUGGAGAAGGCUGAUUAGCAGCUCUGAUGAUCAAUUCUCCUCCUCCUGCCAUAAUUCUUUCUAUUGGUUAUUCUCAGCAAAUCCAAGACAUAUAGUGUUUCAGGAAGUAGUAGCUUUGGUCUUGGGAGAUCUGACACUGUAAAUCAUUCUCUUCUGCUAUUUCUUAUCAUGGGAUCUGUUAGAGAAUCGA